GAUUCAAGGAAUGAAGGCUCGAGAGGGAGCCGAGACAACCUGCGCAAAACGAUGUCGAAUCCGUACGAGAGAGUGAAAGGAGGGAGACUCACCUUCAAGGGAGGAAGCGUUGCCACUAGCAGCAAAGCCAUCGACAAGAAGAAGAAGAAGAAAAAGAACAAGAUUAAGGAUGAAAUGGAGCCACCUUCUGCCGUCGCGGUAGAUACAGAGCAUACUGAAACAGGCGGCGAUGGUGGUGGUGGUGCAGGCGAGAUAUACACAAUCGACGCGGCCAAGCGCCUCCAGUACGAGGAACUCUUCCCUGUGGAGACGAAGAAAUUCGGUUAUAAUGAAAAGUCAAAUUUCAAAUCGGUGGAGGAUGCCCUCGACGACCGAGUGAAGAAGAAGGCGGAUCGCUACUGUAAAUGAUGCAAUGUCUCAGGUCCGCUUCUUUAUUAGAGUUUAUGUUAUGUAGAUUUUCCUGCUCACCUUUGUUGUAUUAAAAUAUCAAAACUAAGAAUUCCUGUUUUGAAAAAAUCCUGUUUAACCAUUUAAUUAGGGGUUAGGGUUAUUGCUCCUAGUUCGAUUCUAAGGAACACCGGGAAAGCUAUUUAAAGUAAAUGAGCAAUUAUAAUCAGUACUUUGAAAA